UCGAAUGAAUGAAAAACUCCACCUCCAACUGUUAAAAUGGCGAAAGUUGUAUAUUCGUCGCGUCGCCGGCGCAUUUGUACAUAUAAAUUUGAUUAUUCGACCAUAUAGAUGGAAAAACGUUUCAGGUUUAUUCUCUCUACCAAAUUAUUCAACCUGUGUUUAAUACAUCGUCAAAGUAGACUAAAUAAUGUCGGAAACAUCGGGUUCAGAUCAAUUAGACAAUGAUCAGUCUCGCGCGCAAACAAAAAACGAAGAAAACAACAACGACGCGCAAAAAAGCAACAUUGAGGAGUCUUUGGAAACUUCACAAACCACAUUAGACAAGAAAAAAGAGGCGUCAGACUCCAACGUUAAUGCUAACACCUCUGAAAACAGCAAACCAGAUUUAGCUUCUCCUAAUGGGGAAGGAGAACAGCCAAAACCAAAGACAGAGACUGAUUUAUCAAACUCUGCUAGUCUGCGGCCUGUAACAGUUAUGAGCUCACCCUUAUCUGAAGCUGCUCCAAAGGUCAUAGCAGGCCCUGCACAGAUCAGAUCCACCACACCAGUGGUUAUAGGGGCCAGGGUGGUGACGUCUAAUGUUCAGGGACCAGGGGCCACCAGUUUGGCACUGGCUCCUCAGCCUGGAAGGGUCUCUGUUAGCUCCGUGGCCAUAAGCCAGCCCAGGGUCACCACACUGACCACAGCCAAAGGGGCAGUCGUGACAUUGCCAAGGAUUUCCAACCCAUCACAAAGUGUACCAAUGACACGCACCCCUCAGACUGUGCCACUGCAGCUGCCUGCCAACUUCCAGGUCCCACAAGGAAUGGUGUUAAUCCGCAGUGACAGCGGGCAGUUGAUGUUGGUAUCUCAGCAGGCUCUGGCCCAGGCUCAGGGAAUGCUGCCAAAACCAGCAAGUGCCAAUGCCUCUGCUAUAGUUAGACCCCCAUCCUCACAGGCAACUGUAACCACUACACCAAUCAUCAGAGUUUCUUUCCCACCUUCCAGUGCAUCAGCUACUACCAAUAUUAAACUUAACCCCACUACAGGGACUGCCGUUCAGAAACCACCCACCGCUACAGGGACUGCUAUUUUCACGCCAUCAUGUACAACAGGAGCUACCAUCAUUAAACCAGCCGGUGUUAUAGGGACAGCCAUCAGAAAGCCCAGCUCUACCAUGGGGCCUGUUAUCAAAGCCAGUCAAAUGACUCCAAACAGCAGCACACCGGGGACCUUUAACCAGAGGACUAAUUCUGUCACUGCAACUACCAUAAUUAAUACCUCUGCUGUAAAGUCUGUGGGCAAAGGUGCUCUCUCCACCCAGGGUAAUGCCCCACGUAUGGUGUCUCCUAAUGUACCAGCCAGAUCCAGCACAAACACAUCAUCAACCCCAGUCACUGUUACAGCUGAGACCUUGGAGAAUGUGAAGAAGUGUAAAAACUUUCUGGUCACUCUUAUGAAGCUAGCAUCGAGCGGCACUCGCUCUGCCAACAUGGCUCAGAACGUCAAAGCUCUUGUCAAAGGCCUGCUGGAUGGGAAACUAGAGGCAGAGGAGUUUACUGAAAAACUCUAUAUGGAGCUCAAAUCAUCCCCUCAGCCAUAUCUAGUGCCUUUCCUGAAGAGGAGCCUGCCAGCUGUCCGUCAGCUCACCCCAAACUCGCAGCUCUUCAUUCAGCAGUGCGACCAGCUCAAGCCCUCAGAUUCAGCACCAACCAAGGCCGCAAACCAGAAGUCCACUGUGUCUGUCAGCUCCUCCCUCAAGCCCAACCAGCCAACCAGAAUGGCUCAGCUGGUGAUCCAGCAACCUAAAGGAGUAAUCGUCAAACAGUCUUUGACAUCAGCUCAGAUGGGCUUACCUGCACAGAACCAAACUCAACCCAAACAGAUGCUCAUUCAAACCAAUGCUCACCCAGCAGGUGCUGUUGUGCGGCAGUCCAUCCUUCAGGCAUCUAGAACACACUUUUCCCAGCCACCCCUUCCAGCUCAGGCACACGGCUUCAAGGACAGCACCUCGGGCUCUUUCCGAGAUGAUGAUGACAUUAAUGAUGUGGCCUCCAUGGCCGGCGUGAACCUGAUAGGUGGAUCUUUGAGUAUCACAGAGGUCUGUCCUGAUGUUCUUGAACUGCUCUCUCUGGCGACACAAGAGAGGCUUCGGGACCUGCUGGAGAAGAUAACCAUUGUGGCACAACAUCGACAGAUUUCUUAUAAGGAUGAUUGGCGCUACAGUCAGACCAAUGACACGCGCUCUCAGCUGAAGUUCCUGGAGCAACUGGAAAGACUGGAGAAACAAAGGAGGGAGGAAGAGGAGCGAGAAGCCCUGCUCCGCAUUGCCCGGAGUCGCACAAACAGUGAAGACCCAGAGCAACAGCGUCUGAAACAGCGAGCCAAAGAGAUGCAGCAGUUGGAGUUGGCACAGAUGGAGCACAGAGAUGCAAAUUUGGCAGCGCUGGCAGCCCUGGGGCCACGUAAGAGGAAAUCUCUGGAGGUUCCUGGCUCAGGGGCCAACCAGUUGUUAGGUUCAUGUGGGCAGUUUGCAACUCGAGCACCGAUUCGAGUCACUUUGAGAGAUCUGACCUUCUGCAUGGAGCAAGACCCCACAUUCAGACAUACUCUCAUGCUGUAUAGAGCAUUUCUAGGCUAGAUAACCACACAAACGCACAACUUCUGAGGUAUGUGCUGUGUUUGGGAAAAGUUCUUUAGAUUACAUACUUUACCAUUGUUCAAAAUGAAACUGUUUUUGUUAUAUUUCUGUGUUCCUAUCCUUCUUUUGAUGACUGAAUUAACUGUUUAUAUAUCUUGACUAGUAAGUAAGCACAAAGGAAUAAAUUAAACACUAUUAGCAGCA